AUGACUAGCUUGGCUGGUAGUAGGCUACGUAAACGGCCAGACCGUAGACCAUUGUACACCGUAGAUGAUUCCGAUGACGACGAUGACUUUGUUCAAAACAAGGAUCAGACGACUGAAGUAGUUGAAGGAACUGUCGGAAGAGAAGCGGUUACUCCUCUUACCGAGAUGGAAAAGAUUUUGGACUGCCAAAUGCGUCCUACGACAUCUAACGAUCCAGAUUCAUCAGAUAUUGCUGCACCAAAGCAAGAUGUUGUGAAACAAUAUCUUGUGAAGUGGAAGGGGUUAUCGUACCUACACUGCUCUUGGGUGGCCGAGGAAGAGUUCCAGAAGGCUUACAAGUUUAUUCGUCGGUUAAGAUCCAGGGUGAUCAAAUUUCAUUCUACAAUGGAGUCAAUGAGUAACAGUGGAGAUGAUUUUGUAGCCAUUCAUCCAGAGUGGACUAUUGUUGACCGGAUUAUAGAUUGCCGGGGAGAAAGUGAGGAGAAGGAGUAUCUGGUGAAGUUCAAAGAACUUUCUUAUGAUGAAUGUUAUUGGGAAUCUGAAUCAGACAUCUCAACCUUUCAAAACGAAAUCCAAAGGUUCAAGGAUAUAAACUCUGGUCAUCGCAGAGAUAAAUAUGUUGACCAUGAGAGAAAUCAUGAAGAUUUCAAACAGUUCGAUCAUACUCCUGAGUUUAUUACAGGCUCAUUGCAUCCGUACCAGCUUGAAGGGAUUAACUUUUUGCGGUUUACAUGGUCAAACCGAACUCAUGUAAUCCUCGCCGAUGAGAUGGGGCUAGGUAAAACAAUUCAAAGCAUUGCCUUUUUAGCUUCUCUUUUUGAGGAAAACUUGGCUCCAUAUUUGGUAGUUGCUCCCCUUUCCACUCUGAGAAACUGGGAGAGAGAAUUCGCCACCUGGGCACCACAUAUGAAUGUGGUUAUGUACGGUGGUACUUCUCAAGCUCGUACUGUUGUUAGAGAUCAUGAGUUUUACUUUCCAAAAGGUCAUAACAAGAUGAUUGGAAUCAGUGGAGAAAGUAGGCAGGACAGGAUUAAGUUUGAUGUCAUCCUCACGUCUUAUGAGAUGAUCAACGUAGACACAGAAGUCCUAAAACCAAUCAAGUGGAAGUGCAUGAUUGUUGAUGAAGGCCAUCGGUUGAAAAACAAAAACUCAAAGUUGUUCAAUUCGCUGAAGCAGUAUACGAGUGAGCAUCGCAUUCUUCUGACAGGAACACCACUUCAGAACAACUUGGAUGAGCUUUUCGUGCUCAUGCAUUUUCUUGAUGCGGAGAAGUUUGGAAGUUUGGAGGAGUUUCAGGAGCAGUUCAAAGACAUAGAUCAAGAGGAGCAGAUAUCAAGGCUCCACAAAAUGCUGGCUCCCCAUCUGCUCAGAAGGGUAAAGAAAGACGUGCUGAAGGACAUGCCCUCUAAGAAGGAACUCAUCUUGCGGGUUGAUCUGAGCAGCAAGCAGAAAAUAAUUUACAAAGCUAUUAUGACCCGGAACUAUAAAAUAUUAGCAAAAAGAGGUGCUAAGAUAUCGAAUGUGCUCAUGGAAUUGCGGAAAGCUUGCUUACAUCCCUACAUGGUGGAAGGUGUUGAGUCCCAGAUUAAAGAUGCAAACGAAGCUUUGAAAGAGCUCCUGGAAUCCUCUGGAAAAUUGCAACUUCUAGACCAAAUGAUGGUCAAGCUUAAAGAGCAAGGACACAGAGUUCUGAUUUACUCACAAUUUCAGCACAUGUUGGACCUACUUGAAGACUACUGUGCUUACAAGAAGUGGUUCUAUGAAAGGAUUGAUGGAAAGGUUAAUGGAGCUGAGAGGCAAGCACGGAUUGAUCGCUUUAAUGCCAAAAAUUCGAACCGGUUCUGUUUUCUGCUUUCUACAAGAGCUGGCGGUGUAGGGAUAAACCUUGCAACUGCUGAUACUGUCUUCAUUUAUGACAGUGAUUGGAACCCUUAUGCGGAUCUUCAGGCUAUGGCUAGAGCUCAUCGAAUUGGCCAGACUGAGAAGGUAAUGAUUUACAGGCUCAUAAGCCGGGGUACUAUUGAAGAAAAAAUUGUGCAAAUCUGUAAAAGAAAAAUGCUUCUAGAGCUUCUUGUUGUGGGGAAAUUAAAAGCACCAAACCUUAGCCAGGAAGAGUUAGAUGACAUCAUCAGGUUUGGUUCCAAGGAGCUUUUUGCUGAAGAGAAUGAUGAGGCAGGAAAGUUUGGAAAAAUUCAUUAUGAUGAUGCUGCUAUCGAAAAGUUGCUAGACCGUGAUCAUAUAGAUGCUGAGGAGGACUCAGUGGAUGAUGAAAAUGAAAAUGGGUUUUUUAAAGCUUUCAAGGUAGCAAAUUUUGAGUUCAUAGAUGAUAAUGAGGCUGCUGCCUCAGAGGAGGCACAGGCUAUAGAAAGCAAGUCUUCAUCAGAAAAUUAUUGGGAAUGUUUGUUAAAAGACAAAUAUGAAGUGCAGCAAGCUGAGGAGGUCAAUGCUCUUGGAAAGAGGAAGAGAAACUGUAAGCAGAAGCUUGGUGAAGAUGAGCUUGCUUACCUAGAAGCGAGCUCUGAUAAUGAAGAAGAUGAACAAACUGAAGCUGAAGAUGAGCUUGCUUAUCUAGAAGUGAGCUCUGAUGAUGAAGAAGCUGAACAAAAUGAUGGUGUAGCAUCUGGACAGGGAAACCAGAUAGCUUAUUGGCCUUGCAGUAAAGAUGAAGUUGCUUGUUUUGAAGCGAGCUCUGCUUAUGAAGAAGCCAAACCAAUGGAUGGUGAAGCAGCUAGACAAGGAAACCAAAUGGCUAAAAGGCCUUACCAUAGGACUAGCGAUACUUUGAAACCAAUACCUUUGAUAGAAGGAGAAGGGAGAUUUCUCAAGGUGUUAGGUUUUAACGAGCUGCAAAGGAAGAAAUUUUUAACGACUUUGGAGAGGUACGGAGUUGGCAACUAUGACUGGAAGGAGUUUGUUGAUCCUUUAAAGCCGAGAACCUAUGAUGAAAUUAAAAAUUAUGGAUUACGUUUCUUGAAGCACAUCGUCGAAGACAAAGAUGUUAACUCUCCAACCUUUUCAGAUGGAGUCCCCAAAGAAGAACUGAAAUGUAAGGAUGUACUCGCCAGAAUUGCUUCUGUGAUGUUAGUACAAAAGAAGGUGAAACAUAUGGAAGCCAAUCCAAGAAACCCUGUUUUCUCUGACCGCAUUAUCCAUAGGUUCCCUGGACUAAGAUUAAGAAAAGCAAAAUUUGCGAACGAGGAAUGCGACAGGAUCCUGUUGCGUGCUGUUUCUAAGAACGGGGUUGGAAAAUGGAGAGCCCUUGUUAAUGACAGAGAGUUUGGGAUCUACGAGCUCGUCCGAAAAGAAUUGAACAUCCCUGCCACAAGUUUUAUUAACGCUAAUGGAAUCGUAAAAGAUCCGCAUAUAAUAAUUACUGAUCAUAUGAGAAGACGGUUUCUGAUUCUGGAGGAGGCGAUAAUAAAUGAGUUUGCUGAAGACUACUACUUUGGAGGAAAGCCUUCAUCUCUGAACCGUGCUCUAAAAAAUGGUCUACUGAAUCAGCGCAUCCAUUUGUUUUCUGCUAAGUUUCGACUAUUAACCGAACGUGCCUUACAUGAGUUUGCCAGCAAGAACAUAAGCAGGAACCUAAGUGCCAUUGGAACAUAUGUUAAUGUGAAUAUGGAAGACGAACAAGUAACUGAAGUCAUUAUGCUGGACGACUGA